AUGGCCACAGACUCCCCAGCGAAACCCAAAGGCUUCCAGUCUGACAGCGACGGAUACACACGACUGCACAUCGCGCCCUUGGACUCGGACCUGCUCAGCGUUGUCAUCCCCGCCGCCGUGCUGCCCCAGGCUCGCAACAUAUCCUACCACACCCUCGAGGCCUUCCCCGAGAGGCGCUACGGCUUCGUCGAACUGCCCACUGCAGACGCCGAGAAGGUGAAGAAGAGGCUGCACGGCGCCACACUCAAGGGUUCCAAGAUGCGCAUAGAACAAGCCCGGCCCGAGGCGAUACCCCAGCCCAGGGGGGCCGACGAGGAGGAGGACGAGAAGGCCAAGCUCAAGCGGAUCAGGAAAGAGAAGAAGGCCAAGGACAGGGCCGACAAGUCCAACAAGCGGAAGCGCGAGGGCGGCGAGAUCGUCGACGGCGUGGAGCUCCAAGACCGCAAGAUCAAGCGCGGUUGGACUGUCACCGAGGCUGACAAGAUCAAGGAGAAGCGGAAGGAGAAGAGCGACAAGAGCAAAGACAAGGCCGACAAGAAAAAGGACAAGAACAAGAAGAGGGAGAUCAAAUCUAAGCACACCAACGCUCCCGAAUGCUUGUUCAAGCAGAAGAUGCCCAAGUCGCCAGAGCCGCCCGCUCCGAAGGAUGAGGAUGAGGAGGGCGACGAUGGCCACAAGCGGAAGAAGAGGAAAGGCGCGCGUCAGGUUCUGGUACACGAGUUCGAGAAGACGACCAAGUACCCCACCUUCUUGAAGGCGAGCGGCGAAACGUCUACAUCAGAACCGCUGACGUUCGAGGAGGGCAAAGGUUGGGUUGAUGCUGAGGGUAAUGUGAAGGAGGCUGUCAAGAUCAGCAGACCCUCUUUUGCGCAGUCCACGGCCACGAAGAAACGGGAGUCCCGAAUGCCUGCACCUGCACCGGCACCUGUAUUGGACGACGAUGACACGAGCAGCAGCGGCUCCUCCUCGGACUCAGACUCUGACUCCGACGAAGAGGAUAACGCUUCGGAGCCUCAAACUUCGAAGCAGGCUAAAACUCAGCCUAAGCCGGUGCAACAAGACGAGGAGGAGACAAGCAGUAGUGGGUCGUCUGAAAGCGAAUCUAACGAUGAGGAGGAGACUCCCAGCGUAACUCCCGCCAAACAGAAAGCUUUGGCCAAAAAGCUGCAGCUAGAUACCGAAACUCCAAAGAGCCCUAUCUCUGCCCUCAAAUCUGCUGAUUCGGCGCGGCCGAAGUCUUCGGGAUCCGCCACCAGCUUGACCAUCAAGAUCCCACCUGCCACACCUGCCACUGGCAAGGUGCAUCCGCUGGAAGCACUGUAUAAGCGCCCACAGGGCGAUGCGGAUGCAUCAGGCGACGCUGCCCCGGACGCCCAACCUUUCAGCUUUUUUGGUGGGGCGGGCGAUGAUGAUGAUAUCGAUGAGGAAGACGAUGGAAUGGCCCCUCCUGCGAGCCAGCAGCAUCCCAUGACGCCCUACACCAGACAAGACUUUGACUUCAGAAACGUCCGGAGCGCGGCGCCCACUCCUGACACUGCACACCCCAGCCGAUCCUACAAUUUGUGGCCUCGCUCAGGGUCUGCGGAAGCUGCCGAUGAGGACGAGGAAGAAGACGAAGAGCACGGAGAAGAAGAUACAGCCAUGACUGAUAUUUCGGGGGCCAAGACCACGGAGAAGGACGACGCCAAGGGUAGCGAGUUUCAAAAGUGGUUCUGGGAGCACCGUGGUGACCUCAACCGCUCGUGGAAGAAGCGCAGGAAGACGGCCAGCAAAGAGAAGCGGAACAGGGAGAACCGUGCCAGAGCGGCACGUGCAAUCUAG